AUGCUAAGUGGACAGCUUACGAAGUGUUUAUUGUGUAUUAUAACAGUAUUGACCAUCAGAAAGCCUUUUGUCAUAGCGGAUUUGCUCUUCGAUAGCAUAGAUGUUAAUAAAAACUCUACCAAAGCCUUGUUAAAAUUGCUCGAAAUCGUGCGGGAAGAACAAGAUUAUAAUACCGUUGCAAUUUGCAAGACACGAGCACAAGAUUGUAAUUUUGAACAACUUCUACCAGAGCUAACACUACCUGUGGUGCUCAUCAAUAAACGGCUGAAAUAUAAAUACAAAUCAACAUUUUCAAAAGAAUUCGUCAUUCUGCUAUGCCUGGAGCAUGAAAAUGUAACCGCCGCAUUUGAGGAGCUGAGAAGCCACAAGUUUUACACCUGCAAUAAGUUUCCGCUUGAUGCGCCACGCUAUAAAGAGAAGACCCUAGAAGCGGCUGAGAGUGCAAUCUUUGAGCAUCAGUUUCGCGAUAUGUAUGGCACGAAGAUGCUGACUUACCCCGAUCAGCUGGAGCCACGCACAAUGCUUUACUUCAAAGCGGAUGGCAAAGUGGAGAUGGAGGGAUACAUCGGUAGAUUGCUGAGAAUAUUUGCAGCCAAACGGAAUGCAACGCUGGCCAUUGAACAUCCUUUUGUAGUGGGUAAAACCACGUACUAUGGUGAAUUAUUGGAGUUGGCGCGUAACAACACUGUCGAUGUAGCUGCGGGCUUGACAUUCCUUCAGUCUUUAGAAGACCUAGAGGUGAUGUCAUAUCCAGUGCAAAACUUGGAUUAUUGUUAUAUGGUGCCGUUGCCCGAAACGGUGCCAAUUAAUGAGCUAUUUGUUGGCAUUGUGCGUUUACCAACACUCUUUUAUAUCUUCGUUUUUACUGUAAUUUUCGCCGCUUUACUUACACACCUUAAUCAGCGCAUGAAAAUCAAUUUUAUUAAUCUCUUUUUGAAUGAUAAAAGUAUACGCGGUAUUUUGGGACAAUCAUUUGUGCCGGCAGUCCGACCAAAUCUAAAAGUGAAACUUAUCAUAUUCUUACUGUGCUAUAUGAGCAUCAUCAUUAAUACAACAUAUCAGGCUUAUCUGCAAUCUUAUCUAACGCAACCGCCUCUGCAACCAAUGUAUCGCACCUACAAUGACAUAGAAGCUGCUGGUCUCAAGGUAUUAUUUCCUGCCAAGGAAAAACAUAUGGUAGAUAGGAACAGCAGCGCCAUGGAGCACCUUAACCUAUUUGAAAACGUUGAAGACUACAACAUGUGGUUGAAGUAUCGUUCUUCGAUGAACACGAACAUGCCACCAACUCCCUGCAGCAUACCACAUCGCGCCUCACGUUGCUCACCAAAGUGA